AUGAUGCAUCUGUAAAGCGAACCGGAAAACAGAAGCAGAAGACUCGAGUCAGCUGACUUUGCUCUAUGUUAUUGAGCAGCUCAGUUUCUUAAAGCUCCGUUUUUUCUUCAGUCAGAUCAUUUUUCUGGGUUUAUUUCUCCCGUGAGAGGUCGGCCAUGUUGCGACCCAAAGCGCUGACGCAGGUUCUGAGCCAGGCGAACACGAACGGCGUCCAGAGCACUCUCUUACUGAACAACGAAGGCUCCCUGCUGGCGUACUCCGGUUACGGCGACACAGACGCUCGAGUGACCGCUGCCAUCGCCAGCAACAUCUGGGCCGCCUACGACAAGAACGGCCACCAAGCCUUCAACGAGGACAAACUCAAGUUCAUCCUGAUGGACUGCAUGGAAGGAAGAGUGGCCAUAACGCACGUCGCUAACCUGCUGCUGUGCAUGUACGCCAAAGAGACGGUGGGCUUCGGGAUGCUGAAAGCAAAGGCGGAGGCGCUGGUGCAAUACCUGGAGGAGCCGCUGACUCAGGUGGCAGCAUCGUAGUGAAGGAUGCUUGAUGCCAGGCGUUUGUGGACUUGUGUAACAUUCUGCUUUUCAUCUCUGUGGGUGGGAGUCUCUCCGAAGUGUAUGUGGUCGUCAGUGCUCCAUUCUGCCCCCUGCUGCUCAGAGACAGAUGUGGAAGAACUUUGGAAAAAGUUGCUUUUCUGCAUUUACAAAAAUCAUGCUUUUAUUUUGAAGGUUAAUAAAAAAUGUUGAUGUAAAAGUUG